AUGCAACGCCCAAGAUUGCUGUGGAUUCUGCUGUUGAGCUGCUGUCUGGCGCUGGCGGAGCCAUCGUUGCUGCAGCUGAAGAAGAAGCUGCUGCAUGGACUAGGAGGAGGUGGCGGCUAUGGUGGCGGCGGAGGCGGCUAUGGUGGAGGAGGAGGCGGCGGCUUUGGGGGAGGAGGAGGCUUUGGUGGAGGCGGAGGCGGUUAUGGUGGAGGAGGUCAUGGAGGAGGCGGCUAUGGUGGAGGAGGUCAUGGAGGAGGCGGCUACAAGCAGCCCAGCUAUGAUGUCUAUGUCAUAAAGAAAGUGCCUAGCUAUGGAGGCGGCGGCGGAGGUGGCGGCGGCGGCGGUUCCUAUGCCAACAGCCAAGCCAGCGCUAAUGCCAACAGCUGGGGCGGCGGUGGAGGCAAUGCCUAUGCUAAGGCCUCGGCCAACGCCUAUUCAGGCAGCUGGUGA